AUGGAAGGUAAACUGCUGGAGAUGUUUGAAGUUGGGCCCUGUGAAGAUGACUACCAGCUGGGUUUUCUCAUAGGUCAAAGGUUUUGUAAUCAAAUAAGAAGCAGGUUGGCUGGGGACCUCAUUCUUCAAAACCAGCUCCUUCCUUUUGCUCGAACACCGCAUGCUCAACCGCUACUCAAAGCACUCUCAGAAACAAACCAGAAGAAGUUCCCCAGAUAUUGGGCAGAGCUUUUAGGGACCGCAGACGGAAGCGGUGUGCCGGUUCUUGAUAUAAUACUUGUCAACUUCAGAAAGGAGAUACUCCCAUUCAUUUCAAAAACAACAAUGAAUUCAAAUGCUGAUACAACAGAUGACUGUUCUGAUGUUCUCAUUGUUGGUGAUUCAAUGGCAGUAGCAGCUCAUAACGAGGAUGCAAACGUUGCUCUAGUAGGCCACACCUAUUUGAUCAAGGGAAAACUAUCAAAUGGAUUAUCCUUCAUAGCUUACACAUAUGCAGGAGAGCUUCCAAGUUGUGCUUUUGGACUUAACAGUCAAGGACUGGCAUUCACACUGAAUUCAGUACCUCCAGUUGAAGAUGAGAUUGCACCAGCUGGCAUUGGAAGGAACUUUGUCUCUAGAGACCUUCUGGAAGCAACUAGUACUGCAGACGCAUUAGCUAGAAUACGUUCAUCAGAAGUCUCUGUGGGACACAGUUACAAUUUAAUCGAUAUACAGAAGCGUAUGAUCUUGAAUGUAGAAACUGCAUCAAAAUCACGAGUUUCAGUUCAUGAGGUUGGAACGACACCAUUUUUCCACGCAAACAUGUAUCUCCAUCUUCAGGUUCAACAGGUACAUGAUGAAAACUCAAUAAGCAGGCAAAAAAGAGCAGCUGUUCUACCACAAGGAUCAAAAACCGAUUUCUUGUCUCUUCUAGGAGAUACAGAAGAUACAAAAUACCCCAUCUACAUGACAGGUCCAACUCUUUACACACUCUGCACGACUGUCAUUGAUUUGGAUGAAAGAACACUUACAAUAAUUGAAGGAAACCCAAAGUAUGGAAAAGUUUCGCAUGUCUUCUCAAUGUCUUCAAACGAGUUAAACCUCAAAUUGGUCAACCAUGCUGAAGGGACUCAUCUCUAGAACAUGUUAUGCUGGUUCAUAGAGGCCAACCAUGUGACCGUCAAUGCAACGCAAGGCAGCAACCUAAAAAUAGCGAACAAAUUCAGCCUCGCACCUUCAGUUCACAAUCAAGCUAAGGCUAAGCAUAAGAAUGGCCAAGGAAGGCAAUACCUUGCCAUGGAUUUCAUAUUUGAUGGGACCAUCUAGUUCAGCUCCUAAUGCCAUUAAUUUUGUUACUGUACUAUUAAUGUCAUUCACUGUGAAUGAUAGAACUGAAGAGCAACCGUUCUGCAUCGCAUUAUCACUGUCAAACAAAACUCACUCAGAUUUAUAUAUUUUCAACUCAAAAUUUCCCCUCUUUA